AUGGCAUCAUCACUAUUUUCGCUUGCCACCUCUGCCAUAUUUGGCACGAUAUCAGCUGCAGCGGACCAUGUCAAAGGCUGGACGAAGAACAUCCACUGGGUAUCACUAAAGGAAGGCCAACGAAUGGCUAGAGAGCAAAAGAGACCAGCCAUGAUUGUGUUCCACAAACCGUGGUGUCGAGCAUGCAAAGCUCUGAGGCCAAGGUUCGCCAACAAUCGAGAGAUUGAACUGCUGGCAAAUGAUUUCAUAAUGAUCAGCGUUGAAGAUGAUGAAGUUCCUCGGAGUUCUGAACUGAGUCCUGACGGAUCUUACAUUCCUAGAAUUCUCUUUUUGGACCCAGAAGGCAAUGUGCUGAGUCACGUGUACAACCAGCAGGGCAACAAACAGUACAAGUAUUACUACCCGGAGACUGCUUCAAUUGUUGAAAGCAUGAAGCAAGUAUUGAAACAAGCAACCGUGAGGCAUUUAAAAAAAUGA